AUGACCACUCCUGAGAUUGCCACUUUAAUCCAGCAGAUUGACGCCGUGCUGCAAGCGCAGCCUAAGCUGCCGGAUGAGAAGCAAUGCCAGUUGCGCGAGGCCGGCACCACGCAUAUCCCAAAACAGAUCCAGAUGAGAGUCCACAUUAACAUUGAUGAUGGUGCCAUUCCAAAGGGCCAGACGAAUAUCACGCACAUCAUCACUUGCCAGGGCGUACAAAUCUUGUAG